AACCCUAAACGGCAUCGGUAUAAGCUCUCUGGUAACAGGAGAGGGGACGAAGUGCAAAUAGCAAAGCGAACCAAAGAUGCAGAUCUUCGUGAAAACCUUAACAGGGAAGACCAUAACCCUAGAGGUCGAAUCGAGUGACACCAUUGACAAUGUCAAGGCUAAGAUUCAGGAUAAGGAGGGGAUUCCACCGGACCAGCAACGUCUGAUAUUUGCUGGUAAGCAGCUUGAAGAUGGCCGUACGCUUGCAGAUUAUAAUAUCCAAAAAGAGUCCACUUUGCAUCUUGUGCUGAGGCUUCGAGUUGGGAUUAUUGAGCCGUCUCUUAUGGCUUUGGCCCGGAAGUACAACCAGGAUAAGAUGAUCUGCCGCAAAUUCGAGGCGUUUGGAGACCAAUUCACGAGGAAAGGGCAUUGCAGAAUAACAAUUUCGCGGUUUGAGACAAUUCAGAAAUGGAGUUGCUCAUAUUGAAUAGCUGCUUCAUAUGGACUUCAAUAUAGAAGAAUGGACUUUGAAGAAUUCUACAACGAGAUUAUGUAUCGAAGAGCUUGUAUCUCUGCGUAAUCUUGAAGCCUGUGUUGCGGAGGACUAGAAGGGUCUAGUAUAUUAUGCUUUCAGACAUGCGGUCAUUUGAUGUUCAAAAGGCUCUCCAUAUCUAAUAUUCAAAAGGCUUUUCAUGUUAGGAAUGCUGACCAUCUCAAGAACUGGAGCAUCUACAAGUAUUCAAAACUUUUGUCUUUUUUACCUUAAAAUUAUUUUCCUACUUCACACGUGACUUGGAAGUGUAAAGCAGUGAAAUUAAUAACAAUGUUUCAUAUUUCAUUAGUAUGUCAAUCUUCUGUUAUUGGUCAGACUCAGAGGAACUAGUUAUUCCAUUAUAUCACAAACGCAUUGGCGUCGGGAUUCAAAUUUGUGUCUACAGUUAUAUUAUUGCUUAAUUUACAACUAUAUUCUUCUUCAGGCACAA